AUGCCCGCGAUCCUCGUUCUGAGGAGAACGUCGCGCCAAUUGGGCUUCGCCCCAUUGGCACCGAUUUCAAUUCCACUUUCUCUAUCAUCGACACCGACAAUCACCACCCUCACCAUCUUCUUCCCGUCGGACUCCGCCUUCUCCACUUCCGGUCAGCCGUCUCUCGCCCACCUCCUCCUUCACUUCUCCCCCCUCUCUCUCUCCCCGUCAUCCCUUCUCUCCCUGCCCUUCGCCUCCAGAGUCCCGUCCCUCUCCCCCGCCAGCCACCUCGUCGUGACCUCUGGCCAGCUCGAACAAAUAUUCAUCAACAAUGUCGGAGUCUCUGAUACCCUCAUUUUCGACGACGAAUUUGUCUUCGUCUACGCAAUUGACGGUUUCUUCAACCUGAAUUUCAACGUAGCGUAUGCAGAUUCGGCCAACCUGAACCCUAGAUCCGAUUCCCAGUGCCUGAAGCUGGAAUCAUUCUCUAGAUUUGGGGACGCGCCUGGAGUUUUGAAAUCGAAAGGCUACUCGUUAUUUUCCUCCAAUCGACUAAUCAUCGAUAGCUUGUUAUCAUCUUAG